AAACCUCAGAUUUUGUCAUCACUUCUCAUUAUAACCAUCAUCAUCACUCUUGCAUAAUCAUCUCAUCACUUUCUUUCUUCCAAACAACACCAUUAUCCCUUUCCUUUGUUUUUUUCCAUUUUGUUUCAUUUCCCCUUUCAACCCUACAACAUCAACAACAAAACCCUAAUCUCCCUCUCUUUCUCUCUCUAGAAAACAUGGACAUGACCUCAAGAAACAUAGAUGUUGAUUCUCAAACACCACCUUCGAUUCCUCCACAACCCAACAACACCAACAACAACAUAACACCAACAACCUUAAAGUCCUCACCUUUUACCAACGGCACACACAAACGCCACCUUACCACCACUCCACCACCGUUACAACAACCACCAACAUCACCCAUGUUUGUUUCUUACAAAGAAUGUCUCAAAAACCAUGCUGCGUCCCUAGGUGGACAUGCACUUGAUGGAUGUGGAGAAUUCAUGCCUUCAUCAACCGUUAAUCCAAACGACCCUAGAUCCCUCAAAUGUGCUGCUUGUGGUUGUCACCGGAACUUCCACCGCCGUGAACCCAAGAACAACUCCAUCACCAGCACAAACACCACCAACAUCACCACCGCCACAACCAACACCACCGCCAACCCCGCCACCAACGCCACUUUUCUUAACUGCAUCUACACUCCCCCGUCAACAACCGUUCCACCACCGCAACCACCACCGCCAUUACAACUCCCACACCGUGGCCCGAUUAGUCAAAGCACAAGCCCAAGUCAAAGCACAAGCCCAACCUCAAGCCCAAGCCCAACUUCAAGCCCAUCCUCUCCACCACCACUCUCACAUUUACCACCUUAUCAUCAUCAACACUCUUCAGCGCCUCACAUGCUGCUAGCACUUGGAAAUGCUUACUCUACACCACCACAAUCUGAUCAUGAUCAACAUCAACACCAAAAUCAACCCCAUCAGAGAAAUCUCAAUUUUUCUUCUUCCGUGAUUAAGCUCGAGAACCCGAACAGCAACAACAACAGCAACAACUCGAGCGGUGCGAGAAAGAGGUACAGGACGAAAUUCAGCAAGGAGCAGAAAGACAAGAUGUAUGGAUUUUCUGAGAAACUGGGUUGGAGAAUGCAAAAGGGUGAUGAUGGAGCGGUUCAGAAAUUCUGCAAUGACAUUGGUGUUUCAAGAGGGGUUUUCAAGGUUUGGAUGCACAAUAACAAGAAUUUGAGGAAGAAACCAGAAUCUGAGGUUGGAAUUGCAACUCCAAUAAACGACAAUAACAAUAAUCAGAACAACAAUGAUGGAUCCAACAACAAUGUCAUUCAUAUGGAUGAAGAUGGAUGUGUUAAUGUUCAUGUUUCUUCUGUUAAUGUUUUAUCCUCUUAGUUUUUUUUUUUUUUUAAUUUUUCAGAUAUUUGAUUAGAUAAAUUAUGGGGAAUUAAGUUGGUAGAGAUUUUAUUUUUACCAUGAUUAGUGAUCGUGUUUCUUCUGUUAAUGUUUUUUCCUCUUAGUUUUCUUAAUUUUUUUUUCAGGAACUUAAUUAGAUAAAUUAAGGGAAUUAAGGUGGUAGAGAUUUUAUUUUUACCAUGAUUAGUGAUCAUUUUUGUCUAUUCCCAUGGUUUUUAGUUUUUUCCCCUCUUUUUUAUCCAAGGUUUUAACUUUACUUAAUGUUAUAUUUUUAUGUGUGUGACAAACAUGAAUGUGAUUA